CGGCGCCUCGCCUCGCCUCGCCUUCCCCUUUUCAGCUUUCGCUGCCACUUGAAACGGACGAGCCGCCGGACCCCACCACCAACUUCCCGCGCUACGGCGUAGGCGUAGCGCACUCCACUCCACUGGAUCGCCCUCGCUCUCGCUCGCUCGAGGUCGAGGAGCAGGGAAGGAGCUAGCUGGCGCAGGCUGUCCUCAUGUUCCAAAAGUCUCGUCCCAUGUGACCCUUGGCCAGUUCCAAUUCCCAUCCGGUCUCCAUCCCCUCGCCCCUCGCCCACGCCCCGGCACAAGCUACCCGGGGGGCCAGGGCCAGGACGGCGGUGCCGUGCCUCGUAGCAAUAGCUACUGCACCACUAGCUUAGCUAUAAAACUAAGCUCCAGGCGCCGGCGCCCAUCCAUAUCGCAAGAUCGAGCUACCGAGCGAGCGAGCACGCACUGCCGGCCGGCGCGGGCGAUCGAGAGCGCGCCGCGGUGCACAUUGUUGUUGGCGCGCGCGCGCGCGCAUGGCGCAGCUGCCGCCCAGGAUCCCGACCGCGGUGCACCACUGGCCGGAGGGGGGCCAGCACGGCGCGGCGGCGGCGUGGGCCGAUGACUUCGCCGAGUUCGCGGCGUCGCGGCGGGGCGCGCACCGGAGGUCGCUGAGCGACUCGGUCGCCUUCGUCGAGGUGGCGCCCGCGGACGGCGCGGCCGGCGAGUUCGACAGGCUCGACGACGACCAGCUCAUGUCCAUGUUCCCCGACGAGGCCGCCGCCGGCGGCGGGUCGUCGUCCGCGCUGGGGUCUGAGAACGGCGGCAGCAGCGACAGCGACGGCGAUAAGCGUGUCGGCGGUACCUCGGCGGGAGGCACCAUCGCCGGCAAUGGCAAUGCCUGCGACGGCGAGCAGAACGAAGCCGGGGACGCGCAGGCGCCGGCGACGGGGCAAGCUGCCGCCGCUUCCACGGAGCUGAUCCGGGACCCCAAGAGGGUGAAGAGGAUCCUUGCCAAUCGGCAGUCAGCUCAGAGGUCGCGGGUGAGGAAGUUGCAGUACAUCUCCGAGCUCGAGCGCAGCGUCACAACACUGCAGAACGAGGUGUCCGUGCUGUCUCCCCGCGUGGCAUUUCUGGAUCAACAGCGGACCAUACUGACCGUCGGCAAUAGCCACCUCAAGCAGCGGAUCGCAGCUCUUGCUCAGGACAAGAUCUUCAAGGAUGCUCAUCAAGAAGCGUUGAAGAAGGAGAUCGAGAGGCUGCGGCAGGUCUACGAGCAGCAGAACCUCAAGAUGUCAGCCGGUGCCGCUGCUUCUGACCACGGGCCGCCGCCACCUGUGCGCGCAGAGAAAGAGCUCAUGAGCUGAUCGAGCUAGCCAAUCCACGCCUGUCCGGCCGCUGUGCAGUCCGCCGUAUCGAUCAUUAACAUGUGGAGGGAACAUUGCAUCAUGAUUUGUUUUUUCAGAUUCUGUGGAUGUUUUCUUCUUUUUUUGGUUCUUCUUAUUCUUCCAUUGACAUGUGCAUUAAUUCUUUGUAUGUUAAUUUUGGAUUUGGUUUACUGUGCAAAUUGUGGUAAAGUCGUCAAGGAAACUGAUCUGUCAUGUAAAUCAUUUUUGAAGCAUUAUUACAUCUCUGGAAAUCUGGAUAGCUAUUGAUUUUUGUA